AUUUCGUUACCAAAAACCGUCACGGUAACCGGAAGCACGUGUAGUUGUUGUUUUGGUGGAUCGUGAGUGUUGUCAGAACAAAAUAUGCCACGACAAAGAAGGGCACUGACACAGAGGCAAGAGUCAGACGACGAGUUCGAAACUCCGGCAUUCCGAGACAUCGGAAAAGAUGAUGAGACGAAGGAAACCGAAGAAAUUGACAGCGAAGAGGAUCUGGUGGAAGCAGAAGAAGUGUCCGCUGGAGAAGGUUCAUCAGAUGAUGAUGAGGACUUGGAAUUAGCCCCUGAUGAUGUUGCCAGUGACGAGGAUGACAGUGAUGCUGCUCCUGAGGAUGUGGGCUUCUCAGAGACCCGGGCAACAGCCCUUUCCCAGAUGAGGCAGGCAAUGACACAGAUAAAAGAAGAAAAACUCCAGUUGAAAGCAAAGAGAAAACAGAGAGAUGAAAAGUUUAAGGAACAAAAGGUAGGCUUGUCCGUUUAUUGAGGUCAAGAAACUACAUGAAGGAUCUAACAUUUCGAUUUAGGCACAACAUGCUGCAACCCUAAGUUGUUCCAGGAUCUCUGAUCAGAUUCAGAGUGAUUAUGAUCCCAUGGGUGUCAGCUCUAUUCUGUUGUGUGUGUAGCAGUGUGUGGAGUCAUCCACAGAUGACAUCCUCACCUUGUCAACUUGCUGACGGGAUUAACAUCUUUGUAUCUUAACCUCUUGUCAUGUACACAAGAUCAAGAUUUGGUCAUGUCCGACAUCAGAUCAGAAGGUCCAUCGUUCGCAUCCCAUCAAGGGACUCGGACAUGUGGCUGCUACACGUUUUUCCAAAUUGGUGAAAAUCUAUGACCUGCAUCUCUUUUGGUUGGAAUAUGGCUUGUCGAGGAGUGGACCGGAAGGUCAUACUUGGUGACUUGUUGUUGAUUUGCAUGUCAUCAUACCCUGCUCACAAUAUCAACCACUGGUUUGUGUAGCCAAAUUGAGAUUAUUUACAGCCUGCUGUCUUGUAAUUGAACUAUUGUGGAGUGCAGCAUUAAGAACAAACGAAGAAAACACUUCAGGCAUUCUGCAACCAUUUUUGAUGAUCACACAGCUUUAAAGUGUAACCAUGGUAACAUAAGUAAGGUAGAGGUUCUGUAAAAUGGUUAAUUAAUCAAUCACCUCUGUGGCCUAUUGGACAGAGCGUCAGUGGUUUGAUCCCCGGUUGCAUCAAACCAUAAGACGUUAAUAGAUGGUUCAUCUUGUUGCCCUGCCUGGCACUGGUGGACUCAUAGUCUGAAUACUGUCUUCAUGGGGUAUCCAUGUAAAACUGACCCAUGGUAUCUCAGUUGGCUGGCACUAUAAAAUUAUCCAGAACAACCAGCCACACACACACAUGCAUGCACACUGUUAUAUGGGGGCAAUAAACUUGAACACACAGUAAAAACCCCAUUUCACUUAACCCACCUGUUAAGUUUUUUUUAAAAUCUGUUCCUGAACCAAUAUUUCUCUGACAUUAUGAGCUACUUUGAACUUUGUCAAUUAUACUACAAGGCAAAAAACAGGGUAACCAUUCCAUUGUCGAUUCUGACAAAUUUUGUUGUAUUUAUGUCCAUGAUUACGUUCUUUCUUAAAAGUAAUUGAGCAUAAUGCAUUUACAGUGUAUAUGUCCAAUUUUCAGCCCUGUUACUUGUAAUUCAUAUAUUGUAUUGUGAUAUAUGUGAUAUAUUAAUAGAUACGUAUCUUUGUCAUAUCAAUUUGGUGUCCCCCACCAUAAUAAUUGUGGAAUAAUGCUAAAGGUGGUAUAAAACAAUACUCAUUCACUCAUUUCUUGUAAUGUGUUGUUUAAUAACAUGGAGAUUCCCACCUGAGUGUAUUUUGAUAUCUGAUAUAUCAACACUUAUCUUUAAAACUUGAAAGCUCUACAGCUUGUGAGGAAUUUUAUUGGGUGAAAUUCUGUUUAUUAUCCAAGGUCUUUCGACUAACAUUUCCAGUUUGUAAACAGUGAUAACCAGUGUAACAAGGUACAGCGUAACAGCUUCAACGGCAGAGAUAUUACUGAUGGUAUGAUCUGCAACGCAUUGUGAUGUAAUUUCAUUGUAGCGAUAUCCCUUGAUCUCCUCUAGGCGGUCGGGUAGCCGAGUGGUUAAA